GGAGGUAGAGGGAUCUACUUUCUCCUAGUCCUACUACCCCCCACCACCACCACCCCACGAGACAAGAAACGCAAGCGCUGUCGUAAGCAAGCAAGCGCCGCCGCGUGGCGCCAACACGCAACACCCAUAUAAGAGGCUGCCGCGGCCGGCGCUUCUCCACCCACCACUCCACUCUAUCCGCGCCGCACGCAGUUGAGUUUCGCUUCAGCCUGGUGGUACGUACAGUGGUGACAAGAUGAAAUUGUGGCCGUUCCUCGUGCUGCUCGUCACGCUGCUAUCUGCAACCGCCUCUCUUCCGUCAGAGGCGCUCAACGUGAGAGGCCACCUGCUCAAGUCCAAGACCUUCCUGUCCCCGCCGAUCUUCCUGCGCCCGGGCUCCGUCUCCAACAAGUGGUACUUCGACAUCGCCUUCCCCAGAGGCCACCUCGCGCUCAAGAGCUUCAACGCCGAGGUCGUCGACGAGCGCGGCGUCCCUGUCCCGCUCCACGAGACCUACCUCCACCACUGGGUCGCGGAGCCCUACUUCGCCGUGAAGGAAGCCGCCGCCGCCGCCGCCGCCGGCGAGGCCCAGAAGCGCUCCAAGGGAAUCCUGAACAGGAACUCCGGCGUGUGCAAGAACACACUGGGACAGUACUACGGCCUUGGCUCCGAGACCCGGCACACGGCGACGUGGGUGCCUGAUCCCUACGGCAUCGAGGUUGGCAACCCGGAGGCGCCGCCGGAGGGGUACGAGGAGAAAUGGCUGCUCAACGUGCACGCCAUCGACACCAGGGGCGCCGCCGACAAGCUGGGGUGCACCGAGUGCAGGUGCGACCUGUACAAUGUGACGAUCGAUGAGCACGGCCGGCGCAUCCCCGAGGACUACACCGGCGGGCUGUACUGCUGCUAUGAUGAGACCCGGUGCAAGGUGAAGGAAGGGUUCUCCGAUGGUGAGGUGAGGAAGGUGUUCCUGCGGUACACCGUGACGUGGCUCGACUGGAGUGAUGCGGUUUUGCCGGUGAAGAUCUACAUCUUCGAUGUCACUGACAGAGCUCUGCUUGAGGGGAAAUCAGAGCCUGCUUGCAAGGUGGAGUACCAGGUCGAGGCAUGCAGCUCAGAGAACCGGGCCAACAACGACUGCGUCCAUGUUCAGGCAACCAAACAAAUCUUGCCGCGGGGAGGCGACAUCGUGUUCGGCGUUGCGCACCAGCAUUCAGGUGGCAUCGCCGCCUCUCUGCACGGCGAGGACGGCCGGCUGCUGUGUGAAUCGGUGGCAACCUACGGCGAAGGGCAGGAGGCCGGGAACGAGGCAGGCUACAUCGUCGGCAUGUCGACCUGCUACCCGAAGCCGGGAAGCGUGACGGUGCGCGACGGCGAGGUGCUGACCGUGGUGUCCAACUACAGCAGCGAGAGGCAGCACACGGGCGUGAUGGGCCUCUUCUACAUCCUCGUGGCCGAGCACAAGAAACAGCAACAGCAGCAGCUGCUGCCGGCUGCCGCCGGCAAGCCUGGCCUGUGCUUCAGCUUCCCGGUCUCAUGGUGCCUCCCGUCAUGGCUGUCGAGCAACAUGUAAAAAAAGUCUAGCAUGGUAUCUUAACUGUGAUAAGCGUGGAAGAGUUACGCCUGAAGGGGAAGAAGAUAGCUAUCAGAUUUAUAGGUAGAUAAAUGCAUACAGGUACGGUGUUACUGAGUUGUAGUUUGUGCUGUCUUGAUGAUCCAUCAGUUAUCUUCAAUCUGAUGGCCUGCAUACAUGUAUUAAGCUGGGUUUAGCAGUAUUAGUAGCAGAAGAACUGUACUGUACGUUCUCCAAAUAAUUACCCUUCCACGGAUUAGUCGAGAGUUACUGUGUGAGAACUAGAUGGACAAUCUCUUGUACAAAAAAGUGUGAGAUUAAUACACGUAUAGGGUAUAAUAACCCUUCCACGGAUUAA